UCACAAACUGUCAGCCCGUGGCGAACACUGGGCCCCACCCGAGAGUUGAGGAAACUUGCGACUCACGCGAGUGUUUGUGCGAGAUUGUAUAACAAAGGAAGAGCACGGAAAGGAAUGUAAUACAAUACACACCUGACCUAUUAUACCAGAACAAAAAGAAACAAUCAUGUACGCACACAUGUAUGAACACCUCUAUGACGAGGACAUGGGAGAUCUUCAAGAUUUCACAGAAUUCACAAUGACCAUGACCAACCAGGCGUUGUCAUUUUUGGCCUCUGCGGCUCCUAUUGUAUCUGGUGCGGGUGUACAGGCCGCACUAGCCGCAUACGGCAUGGCUAAAUAUCGAGCAGAAGCUCUUCAGAUGAGAAACUCUGUGUCACAAAUUGAAGACCCGUUCUCCAAGGAACUGACUCCACUAUGCCCCGAGCCGGCCAGUGCGGAAGAGUUGGCCGCACUCACACCCAACUGGACACCCAACAUGGACCUGGAUGCAAUAUUCCCGUUCUCCACCGGACUGGAAGGCCUGGAUUUGUCAGGACAGUCGCUAACACGAACUGGCUCACCCUCGAGUCACGACUCGGGUGUAGAUACCGUGAGUACACCUCAGGGCUCUCUUAAGAGGUUUAUGGACGACGGCGAAGAGUUUACUUCGUUUCUGGACGGACAAACACGUGCCGCAGCAAAGAAGCUCAAGCCUAUUGAGAGCGAGCAACCUACAAACGACAACGUCACGGUGGAAGUCCCUGUAGAGGAUCCACUUGUGCCUCCCGAGCAUGCGGGACCUCCCACUGAAGUUUCAUCGGUCAACCGACUACCAGAUGUGUCCACCUUGCGUCUGGAUUCCAUAAGUUCAAAUCCACUUGAAUUGGCUAUUGCUGAUAAGCUGUGGGACGGCAAAGAUCUCAAACAAGCUACACACAAUGAGGACACGGCGACGGCAGUUGCCAGAGAGCAAAAGGAAAUGAAAACUAAGCGCAAGACCAAGCGUCGUAUGCGAACCAAAGAACAGUUGGAGCGGUGUCGCCAGGAGUCAGCUCGUGCUCGUGAACGCAAAAAGGUUGAGCGCAGCAAGCUGCAAUUGAUUGUGGACGCUAAGGAAUCUCGCAUCACUAGCCUGAAUGCCACGGUCGAUUCUCUCAAGACGGAGGUAGUGCGCAUGCGGGCCGCCAUAACGCAGCGUGCCAUGGUAGGUCUCUCCGAUCCUUCUCAAUCGCAAUACUACGCCAAGCUGCUGUUUGAUCUGUCUCAGUCACCGCUGAGUUUAGCUCAGGCUGGCGGUUCGCUACCCACAGACUCAACACUGCCCAAUACGUUUGUGCCAGACGUAGCCGCCUCGGCCUCUCUGCCAAACUUUGAACUGCCCGAUCUCAGUUCAAGUGCCAUGAAGGUUCCCUUGACAACCACACCUGCUGCUGCUGUGCCACACGUUAUGCCAGCGCGUUUGAUGCCAGCGCUAGAGCCUCGUGCGGUGUUUGGAAUGCCUGGUUUGCCUGCGUGGAACGCUGAUUUGUUGGAUAUGUCUUCGUUUAUGCCUAUGGCAUCUUCGCCGCUGUCAGGGGACGGCUCUAGCUUGAGUGGCAAUUUCUGAACACGCAGUCCUUCAUAAGUUAUUUUUGAAGUAUUGAUUGUUGGUUAUGUAUUAUAGCUUCAGUUUGUUUGGGAAAGUCAGUUCUACCGUCCAGCCGUGACAGCACCUGCGACACGGCAAAUGAGAACACGCGAAGGAAUGUUGUAAAUAGUACACCGCACCCUGUGUCUGCCAUAUAUCCUCUUUCCGAUGAAUUCUGUCUCUGGUCUCCUGAUGGGACACUCAGAGGUCAUGAUCAUUGAUGUAGACGAACGCCACGUAUGCUUCCCGAGUUUUGCAGGCCAGCAACAGGGCUGGUCAAGAUGCAUACUGUCUUAUAGUCUGCCUCGUAUGCGCAGCCACAAUUUAAAAACCCAAAACCCUUGUCAGUCUAACUGGGGUGGGCGCCGACCCUUCAAGGUGUCGGGAUACGAACGCGUUCAAGUAUGAUCGUUCGGUCCCACUGUACAAAACUUAAAAUGCUAAUUAAGAUUUAAAUGUGCCGCGCACAAAACUAAUGGAGGUGUAACAAAUUACCUCAGAGGUCACCUGCUAAAAUGCAAUACAUAGGCAGGCUGGUGCCUAAUCACUUUGUAUAAUAUACACAAGCGGCAAUCGUAUAGCAAAGUAUAAAUUUUGAGUUCUUCAAAACUAAUUAAAUUUGAAAUCCUCAACAGCUUCA